AUGGCCGCACUAGGGCGCCUCGCCAACAAAGUCGCCAUCGUCACAGGAGCAGCUUCAGGUAUCGGCAGAGCCAUUGCGUUCGCAUACCACAAAGAAGGGGCUCGGGUGGUUUGUGCCGAUAUUCGUGAGACGACGAAAUAUACAGGAAGCCGGGAGGAGGAACGCACCACCCACGAAAGUAUCAAGGAUAUGGGAGGCAAAGCAAUUUUCAACCAAGUUGAUGUCUGCAAACCUUCAUCGGUGGAGAGUCUUGUCAAAGCUGCGGUGGAUGAGUUUGGGAGGCUGGAUGUCAUGGUUAAUAAUGCCGGCGUCUCUUUAGAGGCACACGCAGGCUUCAAGCCCGUCUGGGAGAUCGAUCAAGACAUUUGGCAAGGCACGCAAGACGUUAACUCGACUGGAGUCUUCCUCGGAAUCAAGUAUGCCGUGCAGCAAAUGCUUAAACAAAAUGCACAUACAUCAGGCGACAGGGGUUGGAUCAUCAACACCUCAUCGAUCCUGGGCUAUGUAGGAGCAGACCACACCGCUGCAUACUGCGCCUCGAAAGGAGCCGUCCUCAACCUCACGAGAGCCGCGGCUCUGGAUUGUGCGCCGCACAGGAUUCAUGUUAAUGGUAUUGCCCCUGGGUACACCGAGAGUUCGAUGACCGGGCCUAUUUGGAAGGAUGAGAAAUUAUAUGCAAAAGUUGCCGCGAACCAUCCUUUCAGGGGGCUUGGGAAACCGGAUGAUCUGGCCAAGGCGUGCGUUUUCCUUGCCAGUGAGGAUGCCCAGUGGGUUACUGGACAUACAUUACCUGUUGAGGGAGGGUAUCUUGCUCGAUAG